AUGGCGGAUGUGGACGAUGGGAGCGAGCUGCUGUUCUUCGACACCUUUUCGCACGAGGAAGUGACGGACAUCAACUUGGACCUGGUGCAGUUUCCCAAGCCGGUUUUCAUCACACAGGUGCGCAUCAUUCCGCUGGGCGCCCGUGUGCAGGCGGAUUUUCCCGGCGGCGUGCGCCUGGGGGCCACCAAUCCGUCCAAAUUCGAUCUGGAGUUCUUUGUCAACGAUUUGGGGAUGCCUGCUGCGUCGGCAUUCGAGAAUCUCGGCCUGCUGCGGUACAACCAGAACGACUGCAUCCACUUGGACUGCUCGCAGGAGAAGAUCGUCACCGAUGGCCUGGUGCUGCGCGGCUGGUACAGCACCAUCACUUUGGCCAUCUAUGGGAUCUUCACCAACUCGGUGACGGAGCCCAUAGCCAGUCCCACGUUGCCCUGCGAGCCGGUUGGCCCGGAAAUCAGCAACCUGAGUGGCGAGCAGGUGCUGCUCCAGGAGCAGGACGUCCUGAAGGACGAGUGGCAGGAGCCGAUGCAGGCCGAGAUGCUGGCCGCCCACAAGGGCAAUGUGAGUGACUAUGAUCCUGAGGAUAUGGAGUACGGGAUUUCGCGGGAUCACUACCACCAGCAUGCCGAUCAGGAUCAGGAGCAGCGGGAAAUGCGCCGCCUGCGUCGCUCCACGCACUCCACGGAUCACUCGCCGCCGCCACCGCCGAGAAGAUCGCACACGCACUCGGAGAGCAACGACAGGGAGUACAUCAGAUGCUCCCGCGACAAGGGCUCCAGGGAUUGGUCACGUUCACCGGAAUACCCCAGCCAUCGGUCGCGUCGCAAGCGCUCGGAACGAUCUCGUUCCGAUGUGGACGAGCACAAGUGGCCCAGGACGCCGCCGGCAUCGAUUGACUCGCCCACGCGACCGCGCUCGCCCGACACCAUGGACUACGAAGACGACGACUCGCGCUCCCACUACAAGAUGCAGUCCUCCCACUACAGACACUCCUCGGAAUCGCUGCACCGCGGAAUCGCUGAUCGAGAUCGCGACGACGAGGAGCGAUCAUGCACGCCGCAGGAGCAGUUCGAGCCCAUUCUCAGUGACGACGAGAUCAUCGGCGACGACGACGAGGAGGACGAUGCAGUCGAUGCGGCUGCCAUUGCGGAGUACGAACGUGAAUUGGAGGCCGCUGCUGCCUCUGCUCCUCCUGCCAUCGAUGCUUUUGAGCCCUGGCAGAAGCCACUGCUGGUCUACGAAGGCGACAUGGCUUCGCACUUCAGCAAGGAGCUGGAAACUCUAAAGCUGCUCUUCAAGAAACUCAUUCUUCAAACGCGUUGCGAAAAUGUGGCUGCUUUCGGCGAGGAGCACGGCGCCAGUGUGGACGAAAGGGAGCAAUUCGUGUACUUGGGAGAGCAACUGAACAACCAACUGGGCUACUUGGCCCAGCACUUCAAGCGCCGGAACUUUGUGCUGCAGCAGUUCUUCGGCAACGACGAGGUUCACCUGCGUCAGGCGGCCAAUGUUCUGCAGAUUGCCCUCAGUUUCCAGGCGGCCUGCAUGCAGCCGCAGCCCGCUUUCAAGAUUCGGCACAUCAAGCUGGGCGCCCGCAUGGCCGAGCUGCUGGGCUGCAGCGAGGAUCUCUUCCAGCAUUUGCUGAAAGAGCACCAGUUCGACAUCUUCGAGGCCGUCUUCCGGCUGUACCACGAACCCUACAUGGCGCUGUCCAUCAAGCUGCAGCUGCUCAAGGCCGUUUACGCCCUGCUGGACACCAGGAUGUGCAUCGAUCACUUUAUGGCCUCGAAGGACAAUGGCUACCAGAUGAUUGUGGAGGCCCUCAAGAGCGCAAAGUUGACGAGAACAAAAUACGCAUUGCAGGCGAUCUUGAGGAAACUUCAUCUGUGGGAAGGCCUGGAGAGUGUGCAGAUCUGGUGCCGGCGACUCUUUGUGGACAGGAUAAUCAUACCGGGCAAUCGCGAUCAAAUGGAGGACACUGUGAUAACGUGUCAGCAAAUUGAGUUCGCCUUCGACAUGCUAAUGGAUGCCCUGUUUUCCAGCCAACUUAGCUACUUGCAGCCGCGCCGCUUUCUGCCCGUUUCCAAGAAAUUCGAGGUGGUCACCGAUCCCACAGCGCAACGGAGUUUUGGCAAUGCUUUGCAGUCGUAUUUGGGACAGAAUUCUGUGGCGGAAUCUCUGCUGGUUUUGCUGGCAAACUGCAAGGAGCUGCCGGCCACCACAUAUUUGAGCAUGCUUGAUUUGAUGCACACCCUGCUGCGGUCCCAUGUGGGCAUUGAUUACUUUGUGGAUGAUGCCUUCCCUGUUACCCAGACAAUUGUGGCUAUAUUGUUGGGCCUGGAUGAGAUUCCCAGGAGUCCAGAGGAGGAGGUGAAGCCGGAAAAGGCUGAGCAAGAGGGGGAGCUAAAGGAAGGCUCAAAAGAUGCAGUUGGUGGCGAGAAACCAAGUGUACAAACAGCUGAAGAGGAGGUAAAGACUGCUCCUGCCUCGGUUCCUCCUACUGCAAUUCCAGUUCCUCAACCUCAAGUGCGACCCAGGCCCAUCCUUCGACCAGUGCUGCCUCGCCUGGCCAGAUUAGGCAUUGAAAUGUCCUACAAAGUGCAGACACGUUACCACCUGGACGCCAUUGUGUACGCAGCCGCUGCUCCCGACUACGAUGCCGUCAAGUUGGCCACUCAUAUGCAUGCCAUCUACUCGCAAACCUGCGAUCCCGCUGGAAGACAGCACACCAUCGAGGUGCUCGGUCUGAAUAACAACCUGAAGAUCUUUAUGGAUCUGAUCAAAAAGGAACAGCGCCUGCAGACGCAACGCCAACUGAGCUCGCCGGGCACCAAGUACAAGAGUCCGGUGUUGAGCUAUGCCGUGGAUAUGGUGGACGCCUGCGUCCGCUAUUGCGAGCAGUUGGAUUACCUUAUCGAACAUGGAGGUGUGAUUUUGGAGCUGGCCAAGAACCACGAGACCUUCGAGCCGUCGGUGUCGGCAGUGCUGCAGGAGAUGUACGUGUAUAUGAAACCGCUGGAGGCCAUCAACGUAUUCGUUUACGACGACAUCAUGCCGCUGGUGGAGGUGAUUGGGCGCUCCUUGGAUUACCUGACCACUUUUCCGGGCGAUUUGAUCAUGGCCCUGCGGAUUUUGCGUUACCUCGCCAUCAGCAAACCAACUGCAGGUCAAAAGGCUCCGCCUGUCACCGAGGAACUGAAGCAUCGCUUUGUUGCACUGCAGCUCUAUGCCGCCGAUGGCGUUCAGUUGUGCAUCCAGAUUAUGGAGCGUUUGUGUGCCUACUUUGAGCAGCCGGGUGCCCAUGCUCCUGCUUUGAUGACCAUCCAAGGAGUGCACUGCUGCCAGAUCAUGCUGCCCACGCUGCAGAUCCUCCGCGAGCUGCUCUCCUACGCCAUUCUGUGCCGGGAUGGCACCUACAAGGAUCUCACCGCCAUCGAUCACCUGGUAAAGGUGUACUAUCUGCUUUACUACUAUCCCACGCGCUGCCAGGCGGGUCUCGAAGUCGAGCAGUGCAAGAUGGAGGUGGUGCAGACCCUGCUGGCCUACACUCAGCCGAACGAACAGGAUGAGGAAUCGCUGCACAAGUCGCUCUGGACGCUGAUGAUCAGGGAGGUGCUCAAAAACGUCGAUGGCCCCGCACACUUUAUUCCAGGACUUAAACUACUUGCGGAGCUGCUUCCCCUUCCGCUACCAAUGCCCCAGCCGCUUUGCGACCAAUUGCAGCAGCAGCACAAACAGCGUUUGAUAACCGAGCGCAAACUGUGGUCCGCCCACUUGCAUCCGCAGAGCGGACAGAUUGCCAAGCUGGUGGAGGCACUGGCUCCGUCCAGUUUCCCACAGCUCUCCGAACUGCUGCAGCGAGUUUGCAUGCAGCUGUCGGAUCUGGCGCCCAAUAUGACUCUACUCAUUGCCAAGACCAUAACGGAGCUGCUGUGCACUGAGUACCAGACAUCCAACUGCAUUCCCACCACCAAUCUGGAAAGGCUGCUCCGUUUCUCCACGCGCCUGUGCGCAUUUGCUCCUCUGAAGAGUUCCAUGUUGUCCAUACUUUCGGGCAAGUUCUGGGAACUUUUCCAAUCGCUACUGGCCCUCAACGAGUUCAACGACGUGGUCUCCAAUUGCCAGGAGGCGGUGCAUCGUAUCCUGGACAGCUUCCUUGACUCUGGAAUUUCGCUGAUCUCGCACAAGUCCACGGCUUCGCCAGCUCUCAAUCUUUCUGCGGCACUGCCACCCAAGGAACUCAUUCCGCGUAUAAUCGAUGCUGUCUUCAGUAACUUGACGAGUGUGGAGGUUACCCAUGGCAUAUCGAUUCUGGCGGUGCGCAAUCUGGUCAUUCUCACGGAGCACGACUUCACCUUUUACCACCUGGCGCAGUUGCUGAAGCAAAAGAUCACCGAGUUUCAGGCCUGGAUGGAGCGUGUAAUCCUUCACAACGAAACGGUGGAGUACAACGCCAACAUCGAAUCUCUAAUCCUGCUGCUGCGUUCACUCACCCAAAUCGAACCGCCGCCCACUAUGUCCGCCAUGCCGCAUCGCACUUUGAAACUGGGCGCCACGGAACUGGCGCAGCUGGUGGAAUUCCAGGACAUUGAGCUGGCCAAGCCGCCGGUUUUAAGUCGCAUUCUCACCGUCAUGGAGAAGUACAAGGCGGUGGCCAACGAGGCGGCGCUGAGCGACCUCAAGCAACUGAUUCUGCUGCAGGCCUCCAAACAGGAGAUUCUCGCCGGGAUCAGCACUGAAACGCCACCUGAGGGAGGAGAUGGUGAAGCCAAUACCUCGGCCAGCAGCUGCAGUGGUUCGCUGACUGUGGAACCCUAUCUUCCGCAGGCCGAGGGCAUUGUCACGCAGUACGAGGCGCGUCCGAUCUUCACGAGAUUCUGCGCCACUGCCGAGAAUGCCCAGCUCACGGCUCGCUACUGGCUGGAUCCGCUGCCCAUCGAACUGAUCGAGGAUAUGAAUGAGCCUAUUUACGAGCGCAUUGCCUGCGAUCUCACGGAUUUGGCAAAUGUUUGUCUUAAUCCGGAUUUAAAUGUGGCUGGAGAUAGCAAGCGGGUAAUGAACUUAUCCGGCUCGCCGCAAUCCAAUCGCGAGAUGACGCCGACGGCACCUUGUUUCCGCACACGCCGAGUGGAAGUGGAACCGGCCACUGGUCGUCCGGAGAAGAAGAUGUUUGUUUCUUCGGUUAGGGGACGUGGCUUCGCUCGUCCUCCGCCAUCUAGAGGCGAUCUGUUUCGUUCCCGUCCACCCAACACCUCUAGACCGCCAUCCCUACACGUCGAUGACUUUCUGGCCCUGGAAACUUGUGGCGCCCAGCCCACAGGACCCACUGGCUACAACAAGAUACCCUCCAUGCUCAGGGGCUCCAGAGUGGGACGCAAUCGUGGAUCCCGCAUUUCGGCAGCGGCUGCUUUUAGACAAAAGAAGCUGAUGCGCAUUGGUUCACCCUCCAGCUGGGCAGACUCUUCGGGAUCCUAUCGUUCCGGCUCGGAUUCACAUUUUAAUAGCAGCGAUUCGCACUACUCGUCGCCUCACUACAGUGGAAGGCCGCGUGGCCGUGGCCUGCGCUCCAGACCAUCCUACUUGAGAUAGGAGGAAGUUCUCGAUUCCACUUCCCAUAAAAGGGCUAGAAAUUAGGAGCCAGUUAAUCGUUAGUUAAGCCGUUUAAUUCCCUUACUUAAUAACAAGUGCUGAUUUUGCUGAUUAGCUCACUGUA